UCAUGUGAUAUGUUUUGGCGCUUAAAGUUUUGGUAGAUUUGAUAGUUGAUUGUGGGAUCAGUUUGUUGUCCAUAUUUUCAUCAAUAGUAUCACUGAUUAUCACCACAAAUGUAUAGCUACAACAGUCAAAGCCAUCCGGAACUGCUUCAGGCCUAUUAUCGGCGAAUUUUUCCUCACAAACUCUUUCAUCGAUGGCUAUCAUACGGAAACAUACAAAACGGAUAUUUCGAAAGAAGAGAGUUUUCUUUUACAUUGUCCGGUGAUGUGUACGUCAGAUACCAGUCAUUCUCCGAUUGCAAUGAAUUAGAGAAAGCGAUUGUCAGUCGAAAUCCCGAGAAGAUAGAUAUCGGAGCCGUCUAUAACAUUAAGCCUAAAGACUCGAAGAGCAUCAGUUUGGUUGCAUUCAAAGCCGAGGAAAGGGAACUAGUGUUUGAUAUCGAUAUGACUGAUUACGAUGACGUCAGGACGUGUUGUAAGGGCGCCGAUAUUUGUCCCAAAUGUUGGCCUUUUAUGAUAAUUGCCGCCAAAAUACUGGAACGUGCUCUUCGCGUGGAUUUCGGUUUCCAACAUAUGCUUUGGGUUUAUUCGGGCCGAAGAGGUAUCCAUUGUUGGGUAGCGGAUGAGAGGGCCCGCAAAUUAAGUGGUGAGGCCAGAUCUGCUAUCGCUGAAUAUUUGAGUGUUAUAGAGGGCGGAGAGUUUAAGGCCAAAAAAGUUUCGUUAGACAGUUAUAAAAUUCAUCCGAGUCUUGAGUUGGCCAUUGAAAUAAUUAAUAAUCAUUUCGAUAAUAUUCUUAAACAACAAAAUUUUUUAGAGACUACUAAACAAAUUAAUGCAAUCAUAGAUCUUUGCACUGACUUUAAACUCAAACAAAAGCUUAAGACAGAACUGUUUGAUUCUUCAUUGAAGAAUUCGGUCACUCGAUGGGAGCGAUUGGACAGAAUAUAUUGCUUACAUGAAAAUGAACUCAAAAAAUCACGUCUAGCGUCAAGAAAUCGUCAUUUUGUUGAGGAACUGAAACUUCAAUUUUGUUAUCCAAGACUUGAUAUAAAUGUAACCAAAGGAGUAAACCAUUUGCUUAAGACACCAUUCUCUGUUCAUCCCAAGACAGGUCGUGUUUGUGUUCCCAUAGAUUUUGAAAAAAUAGAUUCAUUUGAUCCGUUUAAAGUGCCAACAGUAAGCUUAUUGUGCAAACAAAUGGAUGAAAGCAAAUCUGCAACAACUGGAAGAGUUUACGAGAAUACAGAACUGUUUGAUUCGAUUCUUGUGUUUAAAAAAUUUGUCGAUAAUAUUCAUAAAGAUUUUAAAGGUUUAAGAAUAGAAAUGAGUGACCAAUCGAUGGACUUUUGA